AUGGUCAAGUUAACUGUGGGGGGUCAAACUCUCCCUUUCAUGGUAGACACAGGAGCUGAGCACUCCGUGGUAACCACUGCCAUAGCCCCCCCGUCAGGGUGUGAGAUCUCCAUUGUAGGGGCAACCGGACUAUCGAGUGGCCCGAAGAGGUUCUGCCAAGCCCUAACAGUAGAAUUAGGGGGCCAUCAAGUAAGACAUGAAUUCCUGUACCUCCCAGAGUGCUCAGUCCCACUCCUGGGACGGGACCUGCUGGCCAAACUAGGGGCCCAGAUCUCCUUUCAGCUAUCAGGGGAAGCCCACUUACAGGUCAGGGCACUGUCUGUGAUGGCAGUCCUCAUUCCCAGGGGAGAGGAGUACCACCUCUAUGAGAAACUAGAAGGAAGCGCAAGAGGCCCAGACGCAGACGAAAGAAUGGCCAAACUCCGCACACAGUAUCCCCAAGUAUGGGCCGAAGAUAACCCACCAGGACUGGCCAGAAACCAUGCCCCCCUCAUCAUAGAUAUGAAGCCUGGAGCGGGGCCAAAGCAGAUCUGCCAGUACGCCAUCCCGUGGCAAGCAUGGCUUGGCAUAGCAGAAGUUAUCCAAAAGCACCUGAAGGAGGGAAUACUCAUUCCUUGCCAGUCCCCAUGGAACACCCCGCUGCUCCCGGUAAAGAAGCCAGAUGGGAUGGGAUAUAGGCCAGUACAGGACUUACGGGCCGUAAACGAGGCAAAGGCCACCCUGCAUCCAGUAGUUCCGAAACCAUACACCCUGCUCAGCCAACUCCCUCCAGAGGCUGCCUGGUUUUCGUGCCUAGACCUGAAGGAUGCCUUCUUCUGCCUCUGACUAGCUAAGAAGAGUCAGCCCCUCUUUGCCUUUGAAUGGGAGGACCCGCACUCAAUGGCCAAAACACAAUUAACUUGGACUAGGCUGCCCCAAGGGUUUAAGGACUCCCCUACUCUUUUUGGGGAAGCCCUAGGAUGGGAUUUAAGGCCGUUCAUGGACAGUGAAGCUGACCUGACCCUACUACAGUAUGUAGACGCCUUACUGGCAGCGGCUACGUCGGACCGAUGUUGGGAAGGGACCUGCCAAUUACUAGAACUUUUAACCCAGGCAGGAUAUCGAGUCUCGUGGAGAAAAGCCCAAAUCUGCCAACCCCAGGUAAAAUACUUGGGGUUCCUAAUCUCCCAAGAAAAGUGAGUCUUAAGCCAGGAGAGGAAGCAGGUGAUCCAGGCCCUGCCUGUCCCUGCAACCAGAAGGAAGCUACGUGGGUUCCUAGGAGCAGCUGAGUUCUGCCUCAUCUGGAUACCUGGAUAUGCCGCCCUCGCAAAACCACUAUACCAGGCACUGAAGGGUCCGGACACGGCCCCCUUCCUAUGGGAGGCAGAACAGGAAGACGCCUUCCAGAUCAUCAAAAACCACCUUGGUCAAGUCCCCGCUUUAGGCCUGCCAGACCCUAGUCGCCCUUUCGAACUGUACAUGCAUGAAAAGAAAAAGACAGCUCUGGGGGUCUUGACGCAGAAAGUAGGACCAUGGUGGAGGCCAGUCGCCUAUCUGUCCAAGCAGCUGGACAAUGUCGCCGCUGGAUGGCCCUCGUGCUUACGGGCGAUAGCCGCUGCAGUUAUACUCCUACAAGAAGCGGACAAAUCAACCUUGGGACAGGAAAUCAACCUAUUUGUCCCGCAUGCUGUAUCUAACCUUUUAGUGGGACAAGGUCACAAAUGGUUGUCAAACCCCCGGCUGACCCAGUACCAAGGAAUAUUGCAUGAGAACCCCCGAGUAAAGAUUAAUACGGUGCAGCGGAUGAACCCGGCCACUUUCCUCCCUACUGAACUCGGAGAGCCAGACCAUGACUGCCUAGAAGUGAUGGAGGAAGUGUACUCCAGCCAGCCAGACCUGCAGGACCAGCCCCUAAGCCAGCCAGACCUGACUCUGUAUACGGACGGCAACAGCUACAUGACCGACGGGAAAUGCCUGGCUGGGUACGUGGUAGUAAGUGGUAAAGAAACACUAGAGGCAAAACCCCUACCAGCCAGGUGGUCGGUGCAGAGGGCAGAACUGUGGGCAUUAAUCAGGGCCCUAGAGUUGUCAGAAGGGAAGAAGGUCAAUAUAUACACAGAUUCUCGGGAUGCCUUCGCCACUGUACAUAUCCAUGGCAUCAUCUAUUGGGAGAGAGGACUGCUUACCGCCAAGGGGAAGGACAUUAAAAAUAGGGCUGAAGUACUUAGGCUGCUAGAGGCAGUGUGGGCUCCGGCCAAGGUGGCAGUAAUCCAUUGCCGAGGGCCCCAGAGAGAAGGAACAGAAAUAGCAAAAGGAAACUGGCGGGCAGAUCGAGCGGCUAAGGAAGCAGCUCAGGGUGCAAGUGCCCCAGCCAGCGCUCCAGCUCUAGAAGGAGCCAUGUUAGAGCUCAGCCCUACGCAAUCGGACUAUACUUCUGAGGAACAAAAGUGGGCGAUCCAGACGGGGUGUACUCAGACUACGACUGGCAUCUGGGAACUGCCAGAUGGGCGGCUAUAUGUGCCCAAGACCCAGGCAAGCAAUCUAGUGAGGCAAUGCCACACCCUGACUCAUCUAGGGAAAACGUCCCUGGAGGCCUUGUUAAGGAAAUAUUACUAUUUCCCCAACCUGGCCAGCAUAUGCGCUACAACUGUGGCCCGGUGUACAACCUGCGCUCGGAACAACGCUGCUCCACACCCACAAAGGACCUUCGGCAUUCAACACAGGGGACAGCAGCCCUUUGAGGACUUUCAGGUCAACUUCACAGAAAUAAAGCCAAGCCAGGGUUACAAGUACUUGCUAGUCCUUGUCUGCACCUUUUCGGGGUGGGUAGAGGCUUUCCCCACCCAGACUGAGAAAAGCUCCGAGGUAGUAAAAGCCCUUUUAAGAGAAAUAAUUCCCCGCUUUGGACUGCCGACCUCCAUCGGCAGCAAUAAUGGGCCAGCCUUUGUCGCCAAAGUCAUCCAGGAGCUAGCAAGGCAACUAAGAAUAACCUGGAGGCUACACAUGGCAUACAGACCUCAAAGCUCAGGGAAGGUGAAGCAGAUGAAUCGAACUCUGAAGGAGACACUAGCAAAAUUCCAUCAAGAGACUAACCUGCCAUGGCCUGAUUUAUUCCCCUUAGCUUUGUUCAGGAUUUGA